AUGUAUCCCGUGACGGAGAGCAUCUUGGAGCAGGGCUCAUUGAUUGCCGAGGCGAACUUCGUCUCGGCUCUCUUCCGACAGCUCCAGGGCAGGCCGGCUCCGACGCCGAGGGCCGAGCAGCAGACGGAGGCCUGGGUCGUCCUGCUCUGGGGAGGCCGAGGCAGAGAGGCCGAACGCCGCGCCUUGCUCUACUCCGAGGCCAUCCGCACGCUGGCCUUCUCGGCGAGAAAGGACUGGUCUCAUGACGGUGCUACAGCUCUGGAAGAUGUCGACAGCGAGUUGACGUAUUCAGGGCGUGUCACCAACGUGGGCCAGUACGGCGUCUUCGUAGACUUCGGGGCGGUGAAGGAUGCACUUCUCAAAGUCCCGACAAAGGUCGGCCGGCGCUUGCAGAGGGGCAUGGAUGUGGAUGGCCUGACGAUCUUGAGCAUCGACGCUGCGGCUGGCAAGGUGGUCAUGGAAGCAGAUGAGUCCCAGUUCGAGGAUCUCCCAUCCAGGCCCCGGAAGCCCGCGGCCAAAGCGAAGAGCGGCGCAGCGCCGAAAGCAGCCACGAGGACGCGAAGCCGGCCCCGCAGAACUUGGGAUCACUCAGGUGCCACGGCCCUGGAAGAGAUCUCGGUUGGCGAUGUCUUCGAAGGCAGAGUUACCAAUGUCAGCGUGUACGGUGUCUUUGUUGACGUGGGCGCAGUGAGAGAUGCCCGCCUCAACAUCCCAGCCGCCAUUGGGCGAAGGUUUAGCAUCGGCGACGGCGUCCCUGAAUGCGUGAUCGAGACUGUGGACCUCGAACAGCAGCGCAUGUCUGCCAGUCUUCCGGAUGCCGAGGCUGUGGUUAGAGACCUUCCGCCAAAGGAGCGAGCACCGCGUCCUGCCACCAAAGCCCAGGCGAAGCCGAAGCCCAAGGCCGCGGCAGCUCAGCGGGCGCAGUCGCCACGGCCGCAGGCCAAGACCCAGCCCAAGGCGAAAGCCAAAGGGGCUGGCAAGGCAGUGGAUGCGCGAGACCUGGAAAUGGAGCAACUUCGCAAGGAGCUCGAGGCGAUGAAGGCUGCCAUGCGCGGCAUGCCGAUGAAGGAGCAGGGGAGGGCACCAAAAGCUGCCGCGCAGCCCGCGCGGGCCUCUCCGAAGGCCGCCGCCAGAUCGCAAUCACCAAAGCCGAAAGCAGCGCCCAAGGGCACGGCCAAAUCAGCAGCAGCGCCCAAGGCUACGCCAAAGGCGGCAACGCCAAAGGCGGCAACGGCGAAGGCGACGCCGAAGGCGAAGUCUGCUACGGCGAAGGCGCGCUCUGCAUCGCCAGCGCCUGCAGGGCGGCGUGCGGAGGAAGGGAUUCCCAUCGAGAAGCUCCGUGUUGGUUCCAGCGUGGACGGAAUCGUCACCAACAAGAACCAGUAUGGCGUCUUCGUGAACAUUGGCUGCACCAAAGACGCUCGCCUCAGCGUCUCCAAGGAUUUGGCCAAGGAUAUGCGAAAGGGCGACGAGAUCUAUGGCAUGCUCAUCGAGUCUGUUGAUCUGGAAAAGAACCAGAUCUCUUGCUUCUUGGAGGAUCCGGAGCUCUAUGUGGAGGAGGAGGCCCCACCCCCUCGACGGCCGCCCCGGCGAUGA